AUGCCUUCUAAAAUAAAGGUUGCUGUCCGAGUGAGACCUCUUCUACCGCACGAAAGAUCGAACAAGCACACGGAGGAGAAGAUAGAGUGCAACCAGGAUAAAUAAACAAAUUGUACUACAUUUGUCUGAUAAAGAUUCUGAUCAAAGAAUAAACAGCAAGAAAAUAUUUAAAUUUGAUAAAGUGAUAGAUGGAAGCUACACUCAAAACCAAGUUUUUGAAGAGCUGCAUAUUAAGGCUUUAAUUGGAAAAGUACUUGAAGGCUAUCAUGCCACUAUUUUUGCAUAUGGGCAAACUGGAUCAGGAAAAACAUAUACAAUGGAAGGAUAUGAUUAUGUGAAUUCAGGACCUAAAAACCUUGCCACAGGUGAAAGAAAUGUAAAGCCUGUUAUCAAAUAUACUGAUGAUAAUGGAGUCUCUAUCAGAGCUAUCAAAGAUAUCUUCGAGCAAGCUGAUAAACUCAGAUCCACAAGGACCAAGAACAUCAAAAUUUCGUGCUCAUUCUUGCAAAUCUACAAUGAGAAAGUGUUUGAUCUGCUCAACAUGGCCAACCUGCCUGUCAAAGGAAACGCCAACUCAGUCGGAGGCCUCAAAAUGAGAUGGAACAAAACCGAACAGUUUGUGGUUGAAAACCUGUUUGUGUUCGAAUGCUUCAGUGCAGAGGAUGCGCUCAAGAUAUUCAACACCGGAAUUAAAUAACAGAGUUGUGGCUUCUCACAACAUGAACAACGCUUCAUCAAGGUCUCAUUGCAUAUUUACAAUGAAUGUAGAACAGAGCAGCUCCGAUGACUUCAACAAUGUUGUCAUCAGCAAACUGCAGUUGGUUGAUUUGGCUGGAAGCGAACGAGUAGGGCUCACCGGAAACACUGGAGUCGCUUACAAAGAAAGCAUCGACAUCAACAAGUCGCUGUUGACUUUGAGGAAAGUCAUUAACGGACUCGCAGACAAAAAGACCAACCAGAAGAAAGCCCACAUUCCGUACAGAGAGUCCAAACUUACAUGUUUGUUGAAACAGAGUCUGGGUGGGAACUCUUACUGUCUGAUGAUUGCAUGUCUGCCUCCAAGUGACUUCUACCUUGACGAGAACAUCAGCACUUUGACUUAUGCGACCAAGGCUUCAUACAUAUCGAACACUCCGAACAGAAACGAAGACCCUCGCAUGAAGAUCAUUCACGAACUCAGAAAGAAGAUCAACUCGCUUGAGAAAGAACUCAAGGCUGCCAACGACCACAUCGGUUUCUUGACCAGUCUGACUGGAGGCGCCAUCGCAGGCAAUAGAGCCAACAAAGCUGGUUUAUUCGACGACAAGAGACAGCCCAUGACUGAACAAGAAGUACACUUGCUUGAUAAGGUUCCUCUAUCGGCUGGCAAAGACAGUAGCACUGUUGAAGCUGACGAAGAAUUGUUUACAAGCGGAGUCGCACCGAAGGAGUUACCUCUAAGCCACCAAAAAUAGCGCUCCACCAGAAGGACAAGCCAAAAUGAGUGAAGAUCCAUAUGCUGAAGAGUAUAAGAGCGAAACAGCAGUGGUUCCUAAAACAGCUGGGACUUCCAAGCAAUCAAAAAAGAAGAAAAGCAAAGGCUUAAAAGGUCUCAAUAACAUAAGCAACACCAUCGUCAAACUUGACCAAGAUACUAUUAGUGAAAGACUGAUCGAGAGUGUAGGAAUGGUAACAGAUCUUCUUCAGUCCAAUCAUCAGCUAAGAGACUCUAUAAAUGCUCUUUACAAAGAAAAAGAGAAUAUCGAAAAUGACAAUUGUGUUCUCCAGUCUGAUAACCUUGAACUUAGAGAUAGAAUUGAGAUUUUAGAAAGUAUCAUUAAAGCCAAUGCUAAUGAUUAUGAAAAUUACGACUGGAAGAAAAUUAUUGAAGAAGAGAAUGAUCUCGGAAUCUCAACAGUCAAAAGUAUAAACAAUAAAGGUGUUGAGAACGUCGCUUCAGCUAUGAUCGAGGUUAAGAAAGAAAAUAGAAUGCUCAAGACUAGAAUCGAACAUUUGGAGUUACAGAUAUCUCAUUUAACAAACCAUUUUGAUUACCAAGGAAAUAUUGAGCCUACAAGAACUUUUAUGAAUGUAAAGGGUUCUAACCCUAAUAAUUCAAAUGGGUUCCUUUCCGAACAAUCACCGCAUACUUAUUAUGAUUCAAGUGGGUUUGGUCCUCAGAAAUUAAAUUAUGCGAAUCCUCCUCGAAGUCAGAAUAUGAGGUCUACAGGAUUCAAUAGAGGAAGAGUUGAUAUAAACAGUAAAAAUAGUUUAAGAGAAGUAGGAAGAAAAGCUAAAAGAGAUCUCUCAAUGAAGAACGGAUCAAGUAAAAAGGGAUUGAAAUAACAAAUCUCAUUCUAACGUUGUAGAUUACUCAAUGUCAAAUCCAUCCCAUGGAUUUGGUCCGUUAGAUGAUCCUUUGCCCCCUGCUGUCCCUCAAGGUCAAGGAUCUUACUCAAAUCAGAACCAGAUGAUGGUAGUAAAGAAAGGUGGACAAGAACCCUUAAAGGACAAAGAUGAGGCAUUAAAGAUGCUUUAUAGCAUGAUGAUGAAUAGAGUACAAAAGAAAAGACAUGGAAAUUACUAAAAAUAGCAGAUAUA